GUUUCCUCGGCUGCCUGCGGGGCUGCGUGAGGCGCUGAGGGGAGCCGGGAAAGGGAGCUGGUGUCGCCCCCUCCCCGAAGGGCCCCCACCCCGCGUCUUGAGCCCCAUGGCGCCCCCCUCCGGGAGGGGCCCGGCUCCGGCGGCGGCGGCGCGGCGGGCUGAGGGAGGGGGCGUCGCCGGAGGGGGAGGGGAUGCUGUCCCGGAAGAAAACGCGCGCCGAGCUCUCCAAGCCGGGCGAGGUGCAGGGCAAGUACGUGAUCAAGGAGACCAGCCCUUUGCUCCGCAAUCUGAUGCCUUCAUUCAUCCGUCAUGGUCCAACCAUUCCAAGACGAACAGAUCUCUGCCUUCUGGAGCCGGGUUCUUCUUCCUACGCCGCGGGUGGGGAUGGAGCAGUUUCCAGAAACCAGAGCUUCCUUCGGACUCCAGUGCAGAGGCCUCCUCACGAGAUAGUGAGGCGGGAAAGCAACAGACUCUCUGCCCCUUCCUACCUUGCCAGGAGCCUGGCCGACGUCCCGCGGGAAUACGGCGUAUCUUCCCAGUCCUUUUUAACAGAGGCAAACUCUGUAACUGAAAACGGCGAUGCCGGAUCCCGUCACUAUUAUGACCACCACUUUUACAAUGGUCAGAGGCGGCACCAGAUGGGGGAUCAUGGGCAGGAGGAAUACAGAUACUAUGAACAUAACACAGACCUUGCCCAAAGGAUGUCACAGAAUCAGGGAAGGCAUAGUUCAGGCAUUGGGCGGGUAGCUGCUACAUCGCUGGGAAACCUAACAAACCACAGUUCGGAAGAUUUACCUCUCCCUCCUGGCUGGUCUGUGGACUGGACUCUUAGAGGAAGAAAAUACUACAUAGACCAUAACACCAACACAACACACUGGAGUCAUCCGCUUGAGCGAGAGGGGCUGCCUCCAGGGUGGGAGCGUGUGGAAUCAGCUGAGUUUGGUGUGUACUACGUCGACCACAUCAAUAAAAGAGCACAGUACAAACACCCCUGUGCCCCCAGCGUUCCCCGUUAUGAUCAACCACCUCCGAUGACAUACCAGCCACAGCCAGCCGAGAGGAGCCAGCCUAUCCUUGUGCCUGCGAAUCCAUACCACACUGCGGAGAUCCCAGAUUGGCUGCAGGUCUAUGCCAGGGCUCCCGUAAAAUACGACCACAUCUUGAAGUGGGAGCUCUUCCAGUUGGCUGACCUGGAUACAUACCAGGGGAUGCUGAAGCUGCUUUUCAUGAAGGAACUGGAGCGGAUAGUGAAGCUGUACGAAGCCUAUCGCCAGGCUCUGCUCAGCGAGCUGGAGAACCGCAAGCAGAGGCAGCAGUGGUAUGCCCAGCAGCAGCACGGCAAGAACUUCUGAGCUCCUUCCCUUUCGCAGCGGACUCUGGGGGCUCUUGGAAUCUUAGGGGACUCUUAAAAAAAAAAGAGGAGAAAUCGUGAACAAGUGCUUUGGUUUAAAAGGCAGCCUCUCUCUUGUUGAUCUUGCACCUUUUGUAAUUACCUUCUUGUGUAUCAUGUUUAUUGAAUACAAAAGAUGUUUGUUAUAUUGUAUAAAGAAAGUUAGUUUCUUAUUCUGAGAGCCAGUGUGGUGGGAAAAUUCAAGAAAAGCCACAUUUUAUAUUAUUAUUAUUAUUAUUUUGUCUGAUAACCUUUUUUUCUAGCAACGGUUGUACCUUGGAGAAGAAAUUUUAUUUUCGAAUGAUGUCUGUGCAAGAAGCGCCCUGAAAGCUAGAUGAAGCCUGUUGGCUGCCUUCCGGCUGCUGAUCUUGUGGGCUGCCUUGCCUCCAGGGGAAAAGGGGGUUCUGCUUUUCUGCGGCAGCUCUGUGGCCGUGGACACAGGUUUAAUAUGCAAAAGGUCCACAUGAUCUUCCAUUAUAAAAACAUUGCAAAAAUACGGUUCUUUUUGGACCCAAGCAAUGAAUAAGCGACUGCCUUAUUUCGACUGUUGAGCUCAUCCUUCUAGUUUGCCGCAGAUCCUCUCGGGAGCGUUUUGCCAUAUGCGGGCUGGCGCACGUGGGCUGCGUUGAAAAGCGACUGGAGAACCGAGCCGCCUGCCUUAGCCAUUUGGAGCAAGUCUCACCCUAAUCAAACCAGCAAGGAACGAUUUUUGUGAAAACUUCCAUCCAGUGGUAAAGUUGCCUUUGUAUCUCAUUUCACAUUUUGAUCUGUGUAUGAAAGUUCUGUAACAUCUGUGUCCUGUAAAUCUCAGCAAUCAAAUAAACUUGUUUUUGUUUA